AUGAACUUUCAGUCUACGCAUGCGUUGUGCGAACAUCUAAAGCUCAUAAUAUCGAUGCCACAAAUGUGUGAUGUAACAUUUCUUGUUGGACCACGUGAUGAGCCUGUGCAUGGUGUUCGGGCAAUUUUGGGCACACGUAGUCGGGUAAUGUAUCAGCUAUUAUUAAAACACAUGGCAAUGACUGACAGGGAACAGGAAGAAAAAACUUCCAAAAAGAAGAAGUCGAAGAAAUUCACAUGCAACCAACCAAUCGGAAUCGGUCGGUCUUUAUCGCAGAGACUGGUCAUUCCCGUAAAGAAAUACGACCAUGAUGUGUUCCAAAAGUUAAUUCAAUUCAUCCAUUGCGGUACUGUGAACAUCACUGAGGAAACAGUAGCAGGAUUAUACUGUGCCGCUUUGUACUUUGAGAUAGCUGAUUUAUCGAUGGCGUGUCUAGACUUUGUAGAGAGAUGUUUGAAAGCUGGAAAGAUAGAGACGCUCCUGAAUUCAACAAGGUGCUACGGUGAACAUAAAAACUCCAGUGUCUUGUUUGAUAAGAUAUACUCAGUGAUGGAUGCACGAUACGUUACAAAGAAUAAGGAAGGGGGAGCAACUCUUGUCUAA